AUGGCCGAUAACACACCCAAGGCAAUUGAGGAGCUUUUGAAGCGUCUCACGGCGGGAGAACCGUUGGAUGAACAGCAGCAGAAGCAAAUGAAGGACUACAAGUUCUGGAAAACUCAACCUGUUCCACUGCUUGACGAAAAGAUAGAGUCUGAGGGACCUAUCGAUUCUUCCAAAACUCCAGAUGAUAUCCCCGAUACCCCCUUACCGCUCAUUUCCGAGUUUGAGUGGUCCACCAUCGACAUUACCGCGAAUAGCGAACUUGAGGAGUUGUACCAGCUUUUGUAUGAACACUACGUCGAAGAUAAAGACUCGACUUUUAGAUUCAAAUAUUCCCACGAUUUCUUCAAAUGGGCAUUAAAGCCUCCAGGAUGGAAAAAGGUGUGGCACGCCGGUGUCCGAGUCAAGGCUACGGGAAAAUUGGUGGCGUUUAUUUCUGCAGUGCCUGUGACGUUAAAACUCAACAAAUCGGGUAAAUUGAUACCCAGUGUGGAAAUUAAUUUUUUGUGCAUCCACAAAAAGCUCCGAGCCAAGAGAUUGGCGCCGGUUUUGAUCAAGGAGAUCACCAGAAGAGUCAACAAGGACGAUAUCUGGCAGGCAUUGUACACUGUGGGUGCUGUAUUGCCGCUGCCCAUUGCUACUUGUCGCUACACUCACCGCCCACUAAACUGGUCCAAACUCUACGAUGUGGGAUUCUCCCAUUUGCCUCCCAAACAGACCAAAGCUUCCAUGGUUGCUCGGUAUAGUCUUGCAAAUGUCACCAAGACCGAGGGUCUUCGUUUAAUGAGGGAAGAAGACGUUGAUCAAGUUCUCGAACUUCUUAACGAAUAUCAAAAACGGUUCGAUAUUGUUCAAGUGUUCACCAAGGAAGAAGCUGCCCAUUGGUUUCUCGGCGGUGAGAGUGCGGCCAAUGGCCAAUCUCCCGUCAUCAAGACAUACGUUGUUGAGCAAGGGGGCAAGAUCACCGACUUUUUCUCGUACUAUCUUUUGCCAUUUACAGUUCUCAAUGAUGUCAACCAUGACGAAUUGGGCAUUGCUUAUCUUUACUACUAUGCUACCGACUCCUACAAGAAAGAGGAAAGCGUCUACAAAAAGCGUUUACAACAGCUUAUAGGCGAUGCUCUUGUCACCGCCAAGCAAUUCAACGUUGAUGUGUUCAAUUGUUUGACGUCACAAGACAAUCCAUAUUUUAUUAAGGACCUCAAGUUUGGCAGUGGAGAUGGCUAUCUCAACUACUACUUGUUCAAUUAUAAGGUAUGGCCUCUCCACGGAGGAAUUGACCCUACUACGAAGGAAGUGGAAGACUACAAAACCAGUGGUGUCGGUGUGGUGUUACUUUAG